CAGUGUCUAUCUCUAAAUUAUAUUGUCAAUGUCAAAAUUCGAUGCUACAUAACCGCAAAGAUAUUUAAACCCAAAAGAUAAAAGAAAACACGUGUAUUAUAAUAUUUUAUUUCAAACGCAGAAAUAAUUUAAUCUUAUUAUGAUGGAUAAACAUACUCCGCCACUUUCAUCCGAAAUGAAGAAUUCCUUUUCGGACGAAGAUAUGAUCUCAGAAGAAGAAAUAGAUGAAAUUAUUGAUGAAUUGCAGGAGAGAUAUGAUUACGAUAGUGCAGAUUCAAUGUCGGUGAAUGAAAACGACAGCGACAAUCAGAUGGAUGAUUCCUCGCAAAAAGAUGAUGCGGUGUACGUCUUUCGAGGUCAUUCAUCCACUCAUUCAGUGUUUUGCUGCUCAUUGAGUAAAAACAGUGAGCUGGCAGCGACGGGAAGUGAAGAGGACAAAGCAUAUCUUUGGAACGCCAUUACAGGUGAAAUUAUUCUUGAAUGCACUGGCCAUAAAGAUAGCGUUAUAUUCACUGGAUUUAACUACAAUGAUAUGUACCUGGCUAUUGGUGAUAUGAGUGGCAUAAUAAAAUUAUGGCAGAUAAGUGACAAAGCUUGUGUUUGGGAGACUGCUUUAGAUGACAUUACGUGGAUAAAGUGGCAUAAUUCCGCUAAUGUCUUAUUAGUAGGCUUGGAAACAGGAGGAAUUCACAUGUUUAAAGUUCCAGAAGGUACUUGCAAAGUCUUUGCACAGGGAUAUGGUGAUAGAGUAGAAACUGGUGUAAUUCUUCCUGAUGGAAAACAUGCUGCAGUGGGAUACAACAGUGGCACAAUUCGUGUAAUAGAUUUAAAAACAAACACUAUACUCUCUACUUUGUCCUGUCAUCCAACAGAAUUGCAUGGACACUCAAGUGCUAUCACUGCCCUAGACUGUCACAUGAAUAAUAAUUUGUUGAUUUCAGCAUCAUUAAAUGGCAAGACUAUAUUAAGCACAGCACAUAAUGGCAAGAUAACUUGUGUACCUCAAGAUUUAAGACCUUUUAAAGAUAUAGAGACUAGUGAAGGGGAUAAUGUAAAUAAUGUUAGCAUAGAAAGUGUAGCCUUUUGUAAAGAUCCUAUGUUCCCAGUUGUUGCAUAUGGAACAAUCGAACAGAAUUCCUCUGGGAAACUUUACAUAUACGAUCAUUCUAAACAAAUUGUUAGGCAUGUAGUUACACAAGAGGGAGGUAUUACAAAGCUUGUUUGGACCAGUACAUCGAUAUUGUUUACAGCAGGACUAGAUGGUAUAUUAAGAUGUUUUGAUGCAAGAGCAGGUCGCUGUCUUAAAACAUUCUCAGGUCACAAAGCGACUAUACUCGACUUCUGUAUAUCUGAUGAUGAGAAAAAAAUAUUGACAGUUUCCGAUGACAGCACCGGCAGGAUCUUUGAUAUCUCGUCCAUAAUAUAAAACAUAGGCAUUUAGGAAUACAAAUAAUUUUUGUAUAUAUUAAAAAAAAAACAGUUUAUAAAAUAUAAAUCUUUGUUUCUUUAUAAAUUAUGAAUAAAAUUUCAUUAUUUUUAUCUAA